AGUUUGCUCCGUUCCCUACGGUCCUACAACUGCAAGGUUCCAAUGGAUUCAGCGCCACACCAGGUAUCGAAAUGCCAUCACGAUUACUCCUUGCCGGCCGCGGCAUCCGGCAACGGCCUCUACACCGGCCGGCCAAGAAGCACAGCCGCCGGGGAGUCCGACGAUGCCAUCCUCUUCCUUGCCGUCCCGGCAGGCUGGCUCAUCCGGCUGGUCGCCUUCCUCGGGGAGCUCGUCGCCUCUGCCAUCCUCAGCCUCGUCCUCCCUAUGGCCGCUCCCGUCGCCGUGUUGCGCGCCCUUCCUGCGGUGGUCGCCUCUAACCUCCGGCGCGCGGCCUUUGGGCUGCUCGCCGCGGCGUGCGCCUUUGCUGUCCUUGCCUGUGCGCUAUUCGUGUCCGUGCUGCUCGGCUUUGUUCUUGUCCGGCACUGGGUUGAGGAGCCGGUGACCGUGCGCCAGCCGCUCUACUUCGACUACACCGAGCCGCAGCCUAGCGCCGCGGUGGCCCUUGGUGGUGCGGCGCUGCCGGCAGAGCACUCCGUGAGGGUAUCAAUGGCGCUGCUGCUGCCCGAUUCCUACCACAAUCGCGAGGUUGGCAUGUUCCAGAUUAAAGCAGAGGCAAUCUCUGUAACUGGAAUCGCCAUGGCAUCCGCUACACAGCCAUACAUGCUAAGGUACAAGAGCGCCCCUGUCCGGCUGGCGCAGUCGGCCGUGAUGUGUGUUCCACUCACGCUGGGCAUGCGCAGCGAGAGCCAGACUGCAAUGCUCGAGGUGCUGCGCUAUAGGGAAGGCCAUGGCCGUCAGAAGAGAACCGGGCUCGUCAGAGUUUCGCUGCAGCCAAGAGCUAGUACAGUACAGCUGCCCCAGGUGUACAAAGCAGAGAUCAUUGUGCAGACAACUCUUCCGUGGACGAAGGGCCUGGCACGCAGCUUGAAAUGGACACUAUCCGUGUGGGUGUCCUUCUCUGUCUAUGCUGUCCUAGUUGUUCUUGCCGUUUGUUGGGUCCGGCCCCUUGCUCUAUCUGCACGAAAUAGGAGGUUAUCUGAGCUUCAGGUCAAUGGAAAGGCGGCUUCUGAUUUGGGUAGAGGAGAUUUUGGUGGGAGCCAAAGCAUGGAAUUGUCUCAAGGUGUUAUUGUGAAGUGGAGGGAGAGGAGAAGCAAGAGGAAAGCACAAUUUCGAACGCAAAUCCAUGGAGGCAGUGUGGAGCCCGAGUUCGCCGGAGGUUCAACUUCUAGUGUUGCGGUGGUGGAGACCGGUGAGGUCACUAAUGAUCCUUGACCGUCCGUUUGUGCCCUGUCAUCGGUAUCUGAGAUCAACUAGUUCGAUCAAAGCAGUUGCUGUGAAGUUUGUGUUUACGGUUACCGCCAACCUUCUUUAUAUGAUCUAAAUGGCUUCUAUACGAAAUUACAAACGAUGCAAAUAAUGACAAAAAGCAUGUAUCGAUGAAUAAACU